CUUAGUAUAACCUGGUAUGAUACUUGCAACAUUUUGAAUGCUUCAUCAGCAACAACAAAACUUUGAAAUCCCUUGCAGUUAGGCAGCCUCUGUCUCGUAUGCCCUGCCCUGCUCACAUCAGUAGGAAUGAAGCAGGUUGCAGCCGGAAGCAGUUUAUUUAGAUUCCCAGUUUGGUUUCUGUGGGGCCAUCCCAAGGAAUCCAGAAAUGCACCCAGCCCAUUACCUGAAAUAGAACUUAGUCAUACAUGGAAGAGUCUCUUCAGUCAUACAGACACAUGCUGCUGCUUUCCCUGCACCACUAAUGGACAUUUUUGUGGCUGCUGCACUUUCUGCAUGUAAUGGGCCAUUUUAGUAGUAGCCCAAUCACUUUCCCCUGAAAAGCCAUUCCCACUGUAGCUGUUGCCUCAGUGAACUCCAUGCAGGAGGGGCAGAGGGGCAUCCAGAUGGGCAGGAAGCACACCUAGCUGAAUCUGUUGUGAAAGAGGAAUGCUGCAUGACCUUUAAGUGGGCAGUGCACUGUUAGCUGUGCUGCUUACUCCCUAUCCUUGUGUUUGAAGAGGUGCUGGUAAACAAAGACACUAGUAACCAAUCAAUUCCUGACAGGCCAGAUCAACUUCAAUCAUAGCUGUUCAAGGACAGAAGACAGCUUGGCAUCUUCCAGAAAGAGAUUCAACUUGUUUGCUCUUGUGUUUGUAGCAAGUCACGAGGGAAAAUGAGAUUUUCUUUCCCUCUCACAAUGUUUUGUAUGUGAAUUAUCAAAUUUAUGCUCCACUCCAACAAGAAUUCAAAUUAGAAAAGCUCAUGAACUUUCAUACAUUGAGUUAUCUUGGUAUGAUCAAAAGGGCAAAGUUCCUUUCAAGCAACAGUGUUAGAUAGCGUCUACAUACUUAUGCUAGUGGUGGUGCUGAGAAACAGCAAAGUUAACUGGAAGAUGUUUGUAAAGAAAUUUUUCAAGCAUUGAUUUUAAUCUAUCCUUGUGGUCUAGUGUGAGAACAGCCAAAAUGUAAAUCAAACCAAGUAUGAUUUACUGCUGUUUAAGAAUGAAACAAAAAAGAAGUUACUCUGAUUGCCUUAUGUUGCUCUUUCUUUUGCACCAGUGAGCUGAGAAACCAUCUACCACUGGCCACAUGUUGUCUUGCUUCCAUGAUCUCACUGUGCUCAGUUGAAAUGCUCUCAGUGGAUGAAAAAAAGAAGUCUUGAUGAGCUCCUGAGAAUUGUAUUCAAUGCUCCUUGGCCAGCAUGGAAAUUCCUAGAAGAAUCUAAAGAAGGGACAUCUUGUCCUGUUCCUCAGGUUAACACACUCUUUAAGAAUCAGAAAAAUGUACAGUCUAACUCCCUGCUGUGUAUGUACAUUUGGAAGGAGUGGAGACUUCAAACCGCUGGGAGUUAGUUUUCGCUUCCUGUGCUGCCGAGCCUUUGUCUGCGCUGGCCGCGGCUGGAGGCGCACCCGGGCGGUGGAGGCGCGGCGGGGACACCCCGCUCCCGGCGGCGGCGCCAGGAAGGGAUCAAAGUCUCCAGACAGUGAGGAUCGGGGCGCCAUGAUGGCCAGGAGGAGUCCGGGUCCGUGGUUUGUGCCCUGGGUGUGCUUGGUGCUGGUGCUGGACUUGGGCGAGGGGCAGAACGAAAAACCCUUCGGUGAGAGGUGCCUGGAGGACUUCACGGCAGGGCUGCCGGACUGGGUGCUGGACACAGACGACUCCGUCCAGCAUGGAGCCACCUUCUUGUCGUCCCCCAUGGUGCAUCGGAGCAGGGACUGCAUGAGAGCCUGCUGUAAGGACCCUGCCUGUAACCUGGCUCUCGUGGAGCAGGGCCCGGCCCCGGAGGAGGACCACAUCAGGGGCUGCUUUCUCCUCAAUUGCCUCUAUGAGAAGAAUUUCGUCUGCAGGUUUGCCAGGAAGAUCGGCUUUGUCAACUUCUUGAAGAAGGACGUGUACGAUUCCUACCUGGCAAUGCAGAAUCACAGACCUAGUGAUGACCACCCUCCAAUAGCCCGUGCUGUCAAGGACAUGAGGGUGCAGCCGGGGGAGCCAGUGAUGCUGAGAGGCACGGAGAGCACGGAUGACCACGGGAUAGUCAGCUAUGAAUGGAAACAGAUCCUUGGCGACCCCUCUGCAGAGAUGAAGAAGCACGAAGGAGAUCAGGUAGAAAUCUCCAACCUCCAGGUGGGGACUUACGUCUUCCAGCUCACUGUCACGGACACUGCACAGCAGCAAGACUUCACCAACAUCACCAUCAUGGUGUUGAGCUCUGAGCAGACAGAAGAGCAUUGUUUGACUCCAAAGAAGGUGGGUUGGUGUCGGGGAUCUUUUCCACGCUGGUUCUACAACCCGAGCCUGCAGCAGUGUGAGGAGUUCAUUUUUGGUGGCUGCAAGCCCAACAAGAAUAACUACUUACGGGAAGAGGAGUGUGAGCUUGCCUGCAAGAAUGUCAGAGGUUCUGUUGGUGGGCGACAACAGCCAGUAUGCAAUGGGAACUGUCAGGCCCCCUUCUUCAGAUGCAAGGAUGGUUGCUGCAUUGAUGCCUAUCUGGAGUGUGAUGAAACUGCCGACUGUGCUGAUGAAUCGGAUGAGAUGUACUGUGAACGAUAUGCUCGUGAGUUCAAUAGACUGCAGAAAAUCAAUGUCACACAUAAGCAAGGCCACUGUGUGGACUUGCCUGAUACUGGACAGUGCACUGAGAGCAUCCCCCGCUGGUACUAUAACCCAUUCUUGGAGAAAUGUGACCCCUUCACCUACGGGGGCUGUGGUGGCAACAGCAACAACUUUGAGCAAGAGGAGGAGUGCAUGAAAUCCUGUUCAGGCAUCACAAAAGCGGAUGUCAUUGGCCGAAGAUGGGAAUCAUUUGAGUCCCAGACUGCUAUGUUAAGUGCCUUUGAGGUAGUGAUUGCUGUGCUCCUGGGGAUCUGCAUCAUGGUGGUCCUGGUGUUCAUUGGCUACUUCUUCCUGAAGAAAAGGAACAAGAGCAGCCGCCGCCGCCAGCCUCCCACUGCUACCAACUCAACCCUGUCCACCGCAGAGGACACUGAGCGUCUGUUCUACAGCAGUGCCACCAAACCAGUCUGACCUACAGCCCCUCUCUCCAGCUCAGCACUGGGGCACUCCCCAAAGCUUCUGGAGGUCUGUGCCUGAAGGACUCGUUCUCAGUGAAGACAUUUGGAGCAUCAGGCCAAGAUUUAACUGUGAUUUGGCAGUACUAGUAUUUGUGAUUGUCUAGGCUAAAUGGCCGCUCUGGAAAGCGAGGAACUGGGAGCAGUCUGUUGCUCUCGGACAUCCAUCUGUUCCUAACCUCAAACAAUCCAGUGAAACUCUGAAUUAUAUCUUUCUUCCUGCUCAAGCCUGGAGCACAACUUUGUUCAACUUCCUGAAGGAGCCUGGAACUGGAUCUGUGUAGCAUUUUUGUUGGUGGAUGGUGCAAGCUCACCAGAAGCAGCAAUUUGUUUUCAGUGCUACUUUCUGCCACUUAACCUUGUAUUUUCCUCCCCUUCUCUCAGUCCUCUGCAAGGUGCCCUGCCUUGAAGCAGUCUGCCUGGUUGUGGUGCAUCUCUUGAGGUCUGUAGGAUUCACAUAACCAUUCAGACCUGAUCCAAGGGCUCUGUGACACUCCUAUUUUGCACAUGGACAGAAACAGAAAUACCUGCUUAAGCUAAUAGGCUUUGUUUUUUAACAAAAAACACACCUAGACUUUUUUCUGGGUGGCUGCUGUGUUUCAGUCUCCUGUGCAUAGUACAUGUUCACCAUUUUUCUCUCUGUGAGUUCCCCUGGUUGCUUUCCCAGUGUUCAGUCUGAACCCAAACAUAUUGAGAAAAUAUCUAUUUAUUCUCACAUGAAGUAAACGUCCAUACUUUUCCUGCUGAUUGUGCAGGAAAGCUGCAGCUUUGAUUUUACUGCAUGUUCCUCUGGGCACACAGCCUGACCUGAGUCCCUGGCACCUCCCAGAGCACAGGAGUGGGCUGGAUAGCACUAGGUAAUGUCUGCAGGAUUCCUGCUCCUUCUGGCUCGUCCCUCCUGAUGCAAGGUGAGCCCAGCCCAGCUCCAGGAGGUCCAAAGCUCAUCUCUGGCCCCAAGGCAGCAUGUGAAAUCCCCACUUUGGCAAUGUCCUGGUCCUAGUCCUGGUCCUGUAUGUUCCCCUGUAGUCCCUUUGCAAUGAGGUGCUUCUGAACUCUGUCCUGCAGCAUCUGCUGGUCCAGGCUUGUACCUCAGUGAGCUGAGGAUUUCUGUUGAGGCAGAAGAAGCUAUUUGUGAAGGGCCUGAUGUGCCAGCUGUGGGGCUGGCACCAAUCCCUAAGCAUCCUGUGCCUGCUACUCUUGGAAAACUGCUGUGAAGAGAGAGAAAACCUGUGUGUGUGUGUGUGUGUGUGUGUGUGUGUGUGUGUGUAUAAAGCAUAAAUCUAUGUACAGGCUUCGGUUUAGGAGCUUGGACUCUUUCAGGGCUAAGGGCAGAGUGGUUCUGGAAUGCUCUGGUGAAGCCAUUCCCAGCUCAGGACAUGGCUCUGGUCCUCCCAAGGCAGUGGCAGGAGGGCUGCCUCCUUGGGCUGAUGCCUCGGCUGAAGGGAAAGGAGCUGCUGCCCAGAGUCUGCUGGCAAUCUGACUGCAUGCCUCUCCCCCUCACAGGCAUCUGCCUCAGCAUUCCUGGGUCAGAUUCCUCCUUUCCUGAUCUCUCUCAUAUCAUUUCCAUCUCUUUGUUUUUCCCACAGCCUACCACGGCCUUAGCAAUAAACCUAAUGUCUUGAUUUAUUUUUUUGUGUACUUACUCUGAUAA